AUGACCGCAUUAAUGACUGCUCGAAUCUCCCCGGCAGCCGAAUCGAACAUACUGUCGAAUGACUGGAGUUUGAGAGGAAAUGCCUCUGCAACCCCGACCGCUACUGGGCUAUCAUUCGAAGAUGCGCAAGCAGCUGAGGUCCUCUCGAGUAUUACAAGAACUUCACGCAUUCAUCAGAGCCGCCAGAAAUUGGUUUCGCCCUACAGGUCACCACCAGCAGAAUCAUUGGAUCCAACACCAGCAAAUUGGGCAACUCCUCCUUCUCCCCCGCCAAAUGAUGCAUCUCAGGAGGUGGUACCUUCCUCCCGUAUGACCGGCGAUGAUGAAACACGUUUGCAACGUUCUCCGACCCUUGCACAAUGGGUGCAGGAUAUAGGCAACCCGCUGUCUUUUUGGCAAUCAGAACUAGAUCCGCAAGAUUGGGGUCCUUCAUUCGUGUCGGAAAUUCAAAACUUGUCAAACCCGCUUCCAUUACCUGAUGAUAUUCCCCCAGUCCACCUAGUGGAUUGGGGCCAGUAUAUGGUGGACUGGAGCAAUUAUGGAGUUCCCCAGGAAACCCUCCUCCCCCGCUAG